AUGGCCAGCCAAAUACCAGAAGAGCAUAUCCGGCAUUGUAUGCUUUUUGAGUUUCGCAAGAGUAGUAACGCAACAGUUGCAACCACAAACAUUUGCGAUGUUUAUCCAAAUGCAUUAAACGUUCGAAGACCAACAAUAUUAGACAACGACAUGUUAAGGGCAGAAGUGGAAGCAAAUUCAUGUCAGACAAUCGAGGAACUCUCAAACACCCUUAACCAACCUUGGUCGAUCAUCCAAGAAUAUUUGCAGCAGAUUAGAAAAAUAAACAGAGCAGGUGUUUGGGUCCACCAUAAUCUGUCCGAAGAGAACAAAGCCAACCGAUCCAUCACAUGCAACGUAUUGCUUCAACGACACCAUACAGAACCGUUUUUUGAUCGUUUGAUCACCGGAGACAAAAAAUGA